AUCCGCAGCUCGUUUCCCUAACGCGAUUCCAAGAAAGUGCUAGAUCACGUGAUAGGGGAUUUUUUUCGGUUGAUGUCUUAURAAAUCGGCGCGAAAGCAGUGCAAGCUGGCUUGAAUGUUGAUAGUCUAACAACUGUUACUGCACUUUUGUAAAAAGUCCAAACGUGGAAAGVUUUGUUUGCAGUUAGUAAUGAAAACAAGCAAACCAUUGAGGGAAAAUGUGCGACGUGUGUCACGGCUGACAGAUUCGAAAUGGAGUCGCUGGCACCCAGCACUUAAACCUGGCACAUCCAUUAACUCACCAAGGUACAAGCGGCGUAAAAAGGGCCACUAUGGCGUUAUUGUCAGGACGAUAUUGACGCGAUUCAAAAAGAGCCCGUACGAUGAUGGGAUCUACGAGCUUCGAGUCUCAAAGGGGAAGAAAAAACAAGUGGUUUAUGUUGGUGCAGCUCAUAGAGAUGGCCCCGGCUCCUUAAGCAAACGUAUUCGUGAAUACUGUAAUGGUGGCUCUCAUUUGGAGCGGCUCAUCGACAGGGCACUGAAACUUGGAUAUAGAAUUUCAGUUCGAGUCCAAAACAUCUCUAAAUCAAGGUCGUUUGUAUACAAGUGUGAAGACAAGUAUCUGGCAAAGUACGAAUACGCUUGGAACAAGCGGAAAAACGGAAUCAGAAGAGACAUUCCACCUGAAUGAACGUAACGGAUGCAUGUAGUACAAACUGCAUGCAUUUAGUAUAGGACAGUAGGUGGUGACUUUGGUGAAUAGCAGUAGAAUUUUAACUGAGAAAUCCAUGUAAGUGUAGUCCAGCUUUCUCCUCCUGUACUCUUUUCAUGUUUCAGUAGAAUCCUGAUCAUCAUGGAUCAGUAGAGUAUCUUUUUUUAUUAAACAACCAUUCUUAAUAAACGACUUUUUUUCAACCAA